UUUGUCAAUGUCAUGUUUGAUAUUUGUUCGAAGAAUCCUAUUUUUGUAACGAAACAUAAAACAUUUGGAAUCUUGGAUUAAUUAAACCUCAAAUCUUUACAUCAAUAAUGAACAAAAACUACGAAAGAUGUACUCAUUGUAAUCGCCGUAAAUGGCUUGCCUCAGGUUGCCUACGUAAGUGGUUAAAACCAUUGGAAUGUAAACAUUUACAGCGAACUGUUGACAACAAAAGAGAUUUUAAUAAUACUGAUGGUGUAUUUUUACCCGAGCGCAAGCCUUCGAUUAACACAAAUAAAUUUGUAAAGUUUUGGAAAAAUAAGUUGUUUUUAACUGGCAAUGUUAGAUCAUUGCAGAGAUACUUUGGCAACAAAAACAAUGGUGGUGAACAUCUGUGUAAUCUUAGCAAAUGUAAUGGUGAACCAUCAACUGCAUCCGAGAAGAGAGUGACUGCGACAGGACACGAGUCCAAAAAGGAUUUUCCACUGAACAGACAAGCUGUCAAAUGUCAACAUUCAGAUGGUCACUCAGUACUUCGUGGACACCACCAGCACGUCUCACUUGAAACUUGUGCAAUUUACUGCCAAUUGUCAAAGCAUGGAUGGUACUGGGGAGGGAUCACCUCAAGUGAGGCAGAGGAACUACUUGCAGGGCAGCAUGAUAAUGUUUUCUUGGUACGAGACUCAUGUGACUCCCGACACAUUCUCUGUGUGUCCUUCCGCUGUGUGGGUCGCACACUACAUGCUCGACUCAGACAUGCCAAUGGACUGUUUUCUCUGAACAAUGAAACAUUUGUUCCGGCUAACAGGAUAUCAGAACAUUGUGCUGCUGUUGAUGUGAAAUCUAACCUUUUUGAGAUGCCUGUUAAAUUAGCAAGGCCACUAAAUAGAUUUGCCAAGCUGGACUCUUUACAAAUGAUCUGCAGGUUUGUCAUAAGACAAACUGUAUCAGCAACAGUAUGGAGCAAGUUGCCACUACCACCAAACUUAAUAUCUUAUAUAACCAUUGGCAGUGACUACAUUGUACCAACAUAGCCAAUACCUAUGUGCCUUUAGUACUCAUAGUUAUAUAUAUGCAUAGUUUAAGUAUAUAUACAUAUGACUUUUAAGAGACUGUUUAUAUAAAUAUAUGAAUAAUGAAUUAUUAACUUUAUAAUGGAGUCAAUAUUUUAUUAGGUAAUAAUGAAAAUAAAAUUACUUAUAACAUCAAUUGAAAUUAAACUAUUUAUUAUAAUAACCAAGCAAAUGUCAGUAAUACUUUGUAUGUUACUUUGUGUCAAACUUUAGAUGUGUGGAUUUUAUAUAACCAUCACUUAUUUAGCCUAUUAUAAAUCUUCAUAUUACUUCAGUGUAUUAAUUCCCAGCAUAUUUUUGGCC